UACACGCUAUGCAUACGCAGAGUCGCCAUUUGUAAGAAGGAGACGUAUUCUGUUAGUGUCUUGACAUAUUAAAUUUGCGCUCUGGAUUUCGAACAUGGGGAGAUCUAGAAGCAGAAGCAGAUCUUCAAGCAGACACAGACACAAAUCAAAACGUAAGAAGAUUGUAAGGUCAAAAUCACGUUCAAUAUCAAGAGAUAGAAAUCGGCGGGACAGAGGAAGUCGUAUACGAUCGAGAUCGCGUGAUGUGAAGAAGGGCAGUCGGAAACGUUCAUUUUCAUCAAGUAGUUCAAGUAGUGAUGAUGACCUUAUCUUGCGAGCUAAGAGGAGAGAAGAAGAAGAAAAGAAGGCAGAAAUGGAAAGACAACGUCUUUUGCGACAGAAGGAGCUGGAAGAGAAGAUGAUUGAGGAGGAGGUUGCCCGGCGUGUUGAGGAGUUGGUGGCGAAGCGUGUUGAGGAAGAACUGGAGAAGCGAAAGGAAGAGAUAGAGGCUGAGGUCUUGCGGCGAGUUGAAGAGGCCAAGCACAUCAUGGAACUUCAGAUGCUCAAUGAACUAGAGUCGCAGCGGCAGGCAGAGCUUGAAGCUCAAAAGCGCAAGGAGGAAGAGGAACGAAAGAAACGCCAAGAACUUGAGGCUAUCAUGGAAGAAAACAACAAAAAAAUUGAAGAAGCUCAGCGUAAGCUGGCGGAGGAGCAGCUGAAGCUGGUUGAAGAGCAACGCAAGAUUUUGGAGGAGAAACAGCGGUUAGAAGAGGAAGAGCAGCGGCGUCUAAAACGAGACCAGGAGGUCAUUCUAAAUAAAAAGAAUGCCCGGCCCAAAUUGUCCUUCAGCCUCAAUGCAAAAUAGACUGCCCACCCACCUUGGUUCCACCCAUUUUCCUUGAUUCUGAUCUUUAUCUGCCCUAACUGUUUAUCCAUGUUUGUUUUUUUUUUUAAGAUGGCUUUAAACCAAGUGAAAAAAAUCCGCCUAGGAUUUGACAGUUUGGCCAUAGACAUCUCUUCCAUGCUGUGCCCCCCCUCUUGCACUCUUGGCACUGACCUGUACCGAAGGGACAGCUGAAUGUGUUCUGUGCCAAUCAUCUUACAGUUGUUUCAGGAUGUGCCAGAGAUUCUGUGCAGAACAUUUGUGGGAGCUUUGUUGCUGUUUUUGGCUGUCAGCAUGCGUGGAGACCUUACAUGUGGAUGCAGAAAUUUUGAUGGAUCAUCAAGGACUGAACAUUCUCAUGCUACAAGUAAACGUAGCUAAACUUUUAAACCAGAUGAUGGUUUUAAACUUUUAAAACAGAAAAUGUAAUGGCUGUCCUUACUGAAAGCCAUUGACCUUUCUUUUCCCGGCAUAGAGUUGUGCUGUCAAACAGCCUUUCAUAAUAGAAUGAGAAGAUGUGCUUGUGUGGUGUGUUUGUGUCUCUGUUUAUGUGUAUGCAUGCAUGUGUGCAUUGUUACUUGCCAUAUGACAUUUUGUGGUCAGUCUCUCAGUGCAGAAUACGGAAAGAAAAUCAUUUGAGUAUUUAUGCAACAGAGACAAAUGAUAUAACUAAGAGAAUGUAAUGUUCAUGUGUAACAUUAGUUUUGAUCAUCAUCAGUGCUCUGAAUUUAGUAAUUAUUACUUUGUUAUAAAACACACAGCUAGCUCUUUACUCACCAGUGGUUGGCUGCCUUCAAAGCUGAUUAAUUUAAUAUUUUGUAGUCUUUUAUAUGCAAGCAGCAUAGGUCAGUUUAGAUGUGUGUAAUGAGACUGUCAUUCAAUAUCUUGGCUAGAGACCAGUAGUUGUGAGAGGUUGGGUUCAUCAUAGAGUUGCUGUUGAGUUUUGCCAAGGAUCAUGGCUAUUCCCACAAAAAGAAGAAUUCACCCACAAAGAUCAUAUUGCUUCAAAGUCCUAUGAGUGCUGUUGUCAAAGAUCAUCAAGAUUUUGUUGCCUGUACAAGCAGUGUUUUAGCUGUGCCACAAAAAUGAGCAGGAGAUAGACAUUUAGUAUGGAUGUACAUGAUGCCACAAGAGAUGAAGUAUGCCCAUUAUGGCAGCAGCUUUGUUACUGUGUGAACAAAAUAUUUGUACUUGAAAUUUGCGUGCAUGUUUGAAAAUGAAUGGGAUAGAGCCUAUUUUUUUUAUAUUGUAUGUGUGUGACUCUUUAAAAUGAAACAUGGAAUGUUAAGGCUGGAUGUUUUUUUUUUUUCUUUUUUAAUGAAGCGUUUAGCUUGGGCUAGGUUUUAGGAUUUGGUUGUUAAGAGCAAAAUGUCUAUUUUAUACGUCAGCAUGGGGCAUGGUUAAGAUUAUGUUAGCUUUUAUCUGUACUUUUUUCCCUAAGAGAAUCAGUCUGUGUAGGUAAUACUCAGGGCUAGUUAGCUCUCUGUUGGGUUAAAGGUGGGGUGUGUUAAAUUAUAUGCAAACUUAAACUGCAUUUCUAAGUGCAGUUUCGGUGAAGUAUAUUUAGAGUGCAGUUCUGUAGGUUCACGAAGAGGGUGACUUGCACAUCUUAGCAGUGUAAUGUCUUGGGAAAAUAAUGCUACCUCAAUAAUAUUUUAGAGUAUCACAGAUACAGGUGGGUUGCCUCCUAGUUCUGAUAAAUCUUCAGGGCUUGUAGCUGUGGACUAGAGGUAAGACAACCUUAAAGGUUUGCCAUUUACUUGAAGUGUAAUUCUAUGGCAAAAAUAUGCGAAGAACGCGUAGUUGCAAACUGGGCUAGAAAAUUAUUUCAGGAUUGAUCGUUCCAGGGGUGUUCAGGUAAGGCCCCAUGGCUAGCUAGGACAUGUGGAGAUCAAAGACCUUUAUUCCUUGUAAAGAUGAAAUUGCUGUUGAUAUGUGCGCUUCAUAUGGACGAGCUGGUUGUUUUAUUUGCAGGUAGACUCAGUGAUGUUGGAGACUGGUUUUCUUGUGACAUUAAAGAUACUUUCACAUUCA